AUGAGUACUCAUGCCUCGGCAGAUCUGGCUUGGUACCUGACCCACUCAUUUCUGGACCACGACGACGUUCGUCCUUCUAGUAGCUUCAACAACGCCGAGCGCCAGCACCAUUUCAUUAUCAGAUUGAGGAAGGAUGUCGACGACGGUCCUAAUUCAACUUUCAUUCGUGGCUCCUUCCAGGCGGCCAUGUGGGAGGGUCAAUGUGUAGCCCUCCUGACAUUCCCUAACGUCUUCUCACGAGAUCCGGGAACUUCAUGGGCAGCGAUGCACGAACCAACCCUUGUUUUGCAGGGACGGAGCGUUGGGCCUGGCUGGCUGUCACCUCUCACCUCUUCCACCGAACCUCAGGCCUUUGUUCUCACCUUUGCCCCUCGCACCGCACAUGAACAGAUAUAUGACACUAAAUCCUGCUCCAUUUCCAACGCAAACCUAAAUCCCAUGUCCUACCACGCAGUGCCUAUCACCCCUCCGCGUUCUCCCCUGCGCCAACGCCAACGCCAACGCCAACGCCAUGCUUCCUUGCCUCCUCGGCCGGGGGGCAUCCGUAAGGAAUCUGAUCUCCCCACAGAGUUAUCCGAAGCCAAGAUGGCGGCUAUCAGGGGAGAAAAAGUUGCCGCAAACCUACGUGCCCUAUUCGACAACGAGACUUCCACCCAUGUGAACCGCUCUUGGAGUUCUUCGUCAUCCUAUCCUCAGUUUCGCGAAAGUUCAGCGUCUUCAUCAGACCUCCCCCCGUUCCAGCGCAGCAUAUCCCUGGGUCUUGCGCAGGACCCCGGAUAUCAUAAUGGCUUGCAUCGCAUCCCUGGUCUUCGCGCGUCCUCUGGUUCCUCGCAGCCUUUGCGCCGUGACGUAUACACUGGGAGCAACUCGAACGAAACAAACGACGCCCCUCGCAACGGUAGACCUCGGAUGAGCGACUAUACUACCGUAUCCGACGUUCCCCAUAUGAGCCUCCGGGCCAUGAGAAGCCGUCACUCCGCCGCAACCGACGCCGAGGCAGACUGCACGGGCGACUCCUCGCCGGAGAUAAAUCCUACCUUCACAGAUGUGUCUCCACUGAUUCCUGCCAUUCCGCGGCGCGCUCCUGAGUUGAGGGACACAGGUGGCAGGAAAACGACGCCGAAGCCUCAGAAGAAGACAAAGCCGUCAUAUUCCAGGCCCAUCAAGCGGAAAGAGUCUACACCACGUCUGUAUCUUCGCCGAGCCAAGUCAGUUCUACACACACGGCGAGUCAUGAUUCGCAGGUGGUUCAAGGGGAUGCUACGACGGGACAAGAGAGACCCCGUGCCUCCUCCAGCUCCAGAAAGGCGUGUAUGGUCUUCUCGGAAAGAAGGAAGCAUUCCGCGACUAGCCAAGAGGUUGAGCCUCUUCUCCUUGCGGUCGCGGAAACGGGUCGGUGCAGAUAACAAGUCGAUAUAG